GGCGCCGCGCGACGCAGCACCAUGACUGAGAGCGUGUUGCGAACAGCAGAGACACAAAAGUCCAUAGACAGACAUAGAUAUCGACACCUCCUCUUUAAAGAGUCCUAGGAAUCACACAGACCAACAGCCACCGAAGCAAUGACAUAAUUCUCGCACAUUGCAAUACCCCAUGUCGGCCACCAGACACCCCCGAGACGCGCGCAUCAAUGUCAUCCUCGCCCAGAUCCCCCCGGAAAUCGACAGAGAGCUUCGAGUUCCUGUCGCCGAACCUGCAGCAGAGCCAGUACCCCUUCCCGCAACAUGACUGGACGAACCGGCCCAAUUCGACGGGCGGGCGCUAUCAGCCACGUCGCGGUUCCACGGCCAGCUCCAUACAUUCCGUUGGCGGCGUGCUGGACUCAGGCUUCAAGUCUAGCAUGGGCGCGGUGAGAGAGCAGAGCAACAAUGCUAUCUCGACGCUGCUCACGCCGCCCAUUAUGCGGACGGGCAUGCUCCCCUACACCUCAGCGCAAGCAACCGCCGGUCACCGCCCGCCCUCCACUCGCGACAUACCGCCCGUGACGCUUAGGAACAUACCCCACGUCGAACCGUCCUCCUUCAACUCGUACCUGUCGCAAAUAGGCAGUCUCUACGAUGCGUUCCAGCGCGCCAAAGCCGAAGCCGAAGCCCAGCAGCCGCGGAAAGACUCGCUGAAGAAGGACGAGCGGCCAGAAAGCGUGGAGCGAGAGUCGACGACAAGCUCGCCAGCAGGCACGCCCAGCGGCACACCGAAGCCCAAGCGGCGCACAAGCGGCACCAGGCGUGGCACACCUGCCGUCACGCCGCUCUCGACGAUACCCAAUGUUUACUUCGAGGAGAACUUCCACCUCGAGAACCCGCGAACCUUCGACGUCGUGAGCGAGCGAUCUGAGGUGGUACGGCCUGCAAGAACAGCAAGCAGCGACGAUGUGAACAAUGUCAGUGGGACAUCAGAGGCGCCGCAGCCUUCUGGGAGGAAAGCUCUGGCGACGAACGCAAUCUUGCAGGAGAAGCUGUCGUGGUACAUGGACACGGUCGAGGUACACUUAAUAUCAGCAAUCUCCACAGCAUCGUCGUCGUUCUUUGCCGCGCUAGGAUCGCUGCGGGAGCUGCAGACAGAGGCUGCAGAGUCGGUUGCACAGAUCAAGGAGCUCAGGGAAGACCUUAAAACACUGGACGAACAGAUGGCUGUUGGGGGUCUGAAAGUCGUAGACAUGAAGAGGCGGCGGGAAAACCUGAGAAGAUUGGCUGACGCUGUAGACCAGCUGCAGGCGGUCAUCUACGGCGUGUCCUAUUGCGAUGAGUCUGUGGAGAAGGGCGAGCUCGAGACAGCCGCAGCUCGCCUGGAGAUCAUCGAAAGACUAAUCACUGGCGUACUUGAUACCUCGUGCUCGAACGUCACUUCGUGGCUAAACACACGACUGCCUCCAGUCAUCAUAGACCUGCGUGGCCUUCGAGCGCUGGAUGGCGUUUUCGAGGGCAUGGACGAGAUGAAAUUCCGCAUAGGGAGAGGGUUCGAAGCGCGCUUCCUCGACACGCUGCUUGCUGAUCUUCGUGAUCAUGUCAAAAACGUGCCGAGUCGUGGCACACUGGAGCGAUGGGUUGCUGCAUCGCACAAAGCGCGAGGUGCUCCAGGAGCAGCCAAACCGAAGUCAAUGCCCGCGUACCUCAACACAAGUACAGAGUUUCGCUCAAAGUUACGAGCUAAUCUACACGGACUGAACGAUGCACAGUUCACAAACCAAGCUGCAGCAACGUUCAGAGAAGCCGUUGUCAAAGAGAUGAAGAUCAUCAUCCGCAGGUAUCUGCCGAGUUCGACAGACGAUGAUGCCGAGUCAAUGACUUCUGUGUCUACAAGAGGAGGCCGAGGACAUAGUCAACAGGACAAAAAUUCCAUCUUGGCACGUAAUCUGCGAGCUAUGGAUGCAGCAGACGCUGAAGACUUCUUCACAAACAUAUUCACAGAUAUUGGCGAGGCGUUGCGGCGACUCAGCACGCAGGUCAAGGUCCUACUCGACGUCACAAGCGGCGUCUCUACACCUCCAGCAUCUGCAGGAGGCCUUCGAUCACCACCAAGGAGUCCGUACAUGGAUAACAUCGACAGUUACAUGGGGGCGGGUGCUAACGGUCAACACGGGCCGGGCUCCAACGACUUACAAAUAGAGCUCAUGCAGGCCCUGGAUUUGUCUAGUCUGCUUGGUCAGGCCGUCGACGCUGCCCAGACACAGAUUACCAAACUCCUCAGAGUGCGCUCAGAAGCAACUGCAAAUCUACCACUCGAACGCUUCCUGCGGUAUUUCAAGCUUUGCAGGCUGUUCGCCGACGAAUGCGAGGCCAUCUCCGGCCGCUCAGGCUCAGCGCUCAAAGGCGCCGUUAAUGACCACAUCAGCAACUUCGUGCAAAAGUUCUCCGACCUCGAAAAACAAGAACUCGCAAAAGCCAUGGAUGUCGACCGCUGGGAACCCAAAGACUUCGAUGCUUCUGACACCGAAGUCCUCGCCCGCAUCCUAAAAUCCAUGGAAAGCGACCCGCCCACCUGGGCAGAAACCGGCGACAUCCUCUCCCCCAUCUUAGAACCCACCGCCACAAACGGCACAAACGGCACCACCGACACCUUACCAAAAGAAAAGAGCAAGAACACCACCCCCGCCAUCGUCGACGAGGAGAAAUACACCGUCUCGAACUCCUCCACAUUCGUCCUGCGCGGCAUAGAACGCCACCUCACCCUCCUGUCCCAAAUCCCCAGCAUGACCUCCGAAAUCUCCUCCUCCCUGUGCGAAUACAUCAAGCUCUUCAAUUCGCGCCUAUGCCAGCUGAUCCUCGGCGCGGGCGCAAUGGCCACCGCGGGCCUCAAAAACAUCAAUACCAAGCACCUCGCCAUCGCAUCCCAGACGCUGUCCUUCAUCAUCGCCAUUCUCCCGUACAUCCGCGAGUGUGCGCGCCGCCGUCCAGCUGCACCGACCGCUGGGGGAAAGAGCGUGGGCAUGGAGUUCGAUAAUACGAAGCGGCUGCUACAGGACCAGCAGGUCAGCAUUCAUGACAAGCUGACUGAUAUUCUGUCUGGCCGCGCAACAGUACAUAUGCGCGCGCUAAGGAAGGUGGAGUGGGAUAGCGAGGCGGAGGCUAAGAGGGAUGUAUCUGCGGCCAUGGAGAGUCUGACGAAGGAUACGGUUACCAUGCAUAAAGUCAUCAACAAGUAUCUCAAUGAAGUACAGGUCCGGAUGAUCAUGGGUCCGGUGUUUGAAUCGUACCGCGAGCAGGUAGGGAAGGUUAUCAAGGAGGCGGGCGUCAAGACGCCGGGUGGGAAGGCGAGACUUGUGCGCGAAGCAAAGCUUUUCGAGGCCAAGCUCGGUCCGAUCGAUGGCGUGGGCAAUGUGGGCAAAUUCCUUAUGCAACUAGCAGAAGGCAAGCCCGUCGCGCAACCAGCUGCGGAACCGGAACCAAAGAAGAGUGAAGAGAAAGCGGGCGCAAGUGAUGAGAGAGAAGAAGAGAAGGCAAAGGAAAGUACCGAUGCGUCGUAAGAGCAUUACCCAACCCGCUCACGAAAAGAACGUUUGUCAAACCUGAUCCUACACUGCGCUGUGGCUAGAGCGGUCAGUGGUGACCGGAGGCCUUCAUGUCUGUACGCU